GACUGGAGUCGGUUCCCGUUCAAACGCUGGCGGGAGUUGGACGGCGCCGGUCCAGAUAAAGCGCAGGAGGAGGCGGGGAGUCCGCUCCGUUGUGUCUCGAGGGCCUUGUCCAAUUAGCCGAAGGGAACUAUUGUGCUGCGGCCUUUGGCCGCUAAUACGCGGUGCGCUCUGUACAUGCCCAGGAGAAAUACUUAACCUCGUUGACGCUUGUUAUCCACUGAGCCGAGGGAAGUUCCCGGGGUGCUGCUCUUCCUUGGGGGUUUGGAGGCCUCUGGAGAAUUUACGGUAUGUGUGGGUUGUAUUUGCAAAUACGUGGCUGGGGGUGCAGCCUUAAACGACGCCACCCCGCAAAGGCCAUGGCUAUCCAGAUUGAUUUGUAUGCUGUCAGCUGAUUGAUAAGGCAGCUCUUGAAGAUGAAGCUGGCAUGCAAAUAAAAUGAUUAAAAUCAGUCAGUCAUGAUAAAACUCAUAAAAGAGGUGCUGUGGAUCAAACUUGUUGGGAAAUGAUGUCUUUAAAUUCUAGGCUGUCAGUGAAAACCUAGUGAUGGGGUCAAUAUGUUUCGUGCAUCUUGAAAUGGGGCUGGCAUUUCCAAGUUUGAGAGAUGAGCCAGCACAUUCAAAACAAAUGCCAUAUUGUAUGGGCAUGCCCCUUUUUCACAUCAGCCCUCUGUGUAGUAGAGAAUCUGCAAGGAGCAUGAUUGAAAAAGGGAGGUAACUUGCUGCUGGGUUCUUUAUUCUUCACCCACUGCUGGAUGUUGUGGUGCUGUGUUUUCCUCUGGUUUGUUUCAUUCCUUGUGCCUGAGGUGGCCCCUGCACUUCAUGCAUCCUAUAGGCUGCAGCAGUUUGUCUAGCAAACAUGCAAUGCUUCUUUCCUGUUCUUACAGGCUUUCAAUAUGGAGAAUGAGAAGUCCAGGAUUCCUAUCUACAGUGUCCAACAGCCCAAAGUGAUCAGUAUGCCAACAGGUGUGUUAGGCUCUUGAGAGAACUACUGUAUUGUUACACUAUAGCUGUGUUUUCACCCCUAUGUUGCUCAUCCUUACAGCUGUGGCAGCCAGGAUGAAUCUCCCAGGCUCGGGGAUGGCUGGAGAGCCUGUGGCCCUCCAGAUGUUGCAGCACUCCAGCUCCCAUUGGCCAAUAGUCCGUGGUGAUGGGAGCUGGAGUCCAGCAAUUUUUAGAGGCCCACAGGUUCCCUCUCCUGCCUAGAAUUUUCUAAUAAGCUGCUUGCCCUGAGUUGAGCUCUGCCGUGUGAUCAAACCUUAAGUUGGCACCAUGUGCCCAGACCUUCCCUGAACCUGCAUUGAAAUGUCAUCUAGGUAAAACAAGGGCCAAACUAUUUACCUUUCUAAAUGCCUGGUGUGGGUUUUUAGGGAGAGAAAAAGUGGGUCUUCAAAUGCUGUUUAAAUGUGGAGACUGAGGGAGGUGUUGUCAAUUGUGUGAGUUAUUGAGUUUCCUUUUGUUUUUAAAUGGAUUCCUUAUUUGCAGAUCCACAUUCAAAAAAGCAAUGUUUUGUCAAACCUGACCUGGGCCCCUUGAAAGCUCCUGAUUUCACUUUUGGUGAAAAUGUUCCUGUGCGUACUGCCCUCAAAGACACAAAUCAAAGGUAAAUAUAAGUGUAUACUACCAUUGAGAUUUUCUAUGGAAGCUCUACUGAAAGUGCCCUAGACACUUGGGUUGCACUUGACUGGGAUAUGAAGAAAUAGUCAUCCUUCUUCAAAGCCAUGCUUAGUUUUUGGAACUCCUUACCCAUUUAGGCCUCUCUUCUACCAGCUGAUCUGUUGUCAUUAUUGCCUCUACUCUAUUUUAUUAUUGUUAGUCCUGCCUUCCCGCCCCUGCUUUUUUAUAAAAACAUGUUUAGAUGUGCAGACUGCUUUGAGCACUUCUUUUAAUGGAAAGGUGUUGUAAAAUAACUUUUAAAAAGCGAACAAAGCUUGUAAUCAUUGGUAUUUAACAACAAACAUGACUGCUUGACAUUUCUCAGCAAAUGUGCUGCUUUAUCCUAGAAUCAAUAGCUGCAAGUACAGCAUUGCUAUGCAACCUCUGCCAACCAGCUUCUGGUUUAAUGUCCCAGUGGUGUCCAAACUUUUUUUCAAAGAGGAUCAGAUUUGAUGAACUGAAGGGCCGUGGGGGCCAACCAAAGGGCCACCCCAAGGUUGUUGAGCUUUUUUUUUAGGAUUUUACCCCAGGAAAGAAACUGCCAACUAACCAGUGGGCCGGAUUAAGCCCGGAAACGGACUUUGGACAUGCCUGCCCUAAGUGAAUGUGAGCCCACCACCACCUGAUGUAGUCUCAUUCGGCCUGUACUAUUCUAAGUUCUUUUACAGCUCAGGAGUAGGUUACUUGAGAGACUGCCUUAUCCCUUAUGCAUCUAGUAGAUUGUUGCAGUUUGCAAGUUUCUCCUGCAAGUGCCAAAGAUCUCUGAAGCCUGCUCUAUAGUAACUCGGAGCAAGACUUUUAGUGUGGCUGCCCCUGUUCUGUGAAAUAGCAUUUCUGUCAAUAGCAUUUCUAUCUGCACUUUCUGGAAACAGUUGAAGGUUAUGUUCGAACAUACUUUACCAGCUGCAUAAUGGAUCUGUACCCUGAAUGCGCACUUGUUGGGAUGGUUAGCCUUGUUUUAAAUGUAUUUGCCAUUUUGUGUUCUUAAUUGUUUUAAAUUAUUUUAUGUGUAAAAACGCCUGGAGAUGGUGGUUUGGAAGGUUUAAUUAUUAAUUAUUAAAUUAAUAAUAAUAUAAUUGAUUCAUAGGUUUCUCAUAAUGUUUAGCCAAAAGCUACUUCCUUGCAAUUUCUACACUUGAUGAAAUGUAUCAAAUGGUGUGAAGGAAUUUGGGGUUUAAAUAAUGGCAAAUGUUCAGAGGAUCAAGCUGCUAGUUGGUUUGGCUUUGUAAUAAUAAUAAAAGCUACAAAUAUCAUUAUUUAACUCUAUUAAGGUUCAUGAAGAAGGCAACACAGCCACCACCUAAGAAAGCAGCAACGUCAAAUGCUCGAACGUGAGUGCCCCAAAGCAAAGCUGUUUCUUACACAUUUUCUUUCUCUGCUUCCUACUCAUUCACAACAUGACUAUAUAUGUAUAUAGUUUUUUAAUUCUGUUUAAUUUUUUUGAAUGAUUUCUCCCCCUAUUUUUUAGCGGUUCUUACUAUUAUCUGUAAGCCGCCUUGAGUCCCAUCAAGGAAAAGGGCAGCCUAUAUAAUAAAUGUUGUUGUUGAUUCCACAUAGGAAUGGAUUUAGAUCAAAUUAACAUUUCUUAAAUGAUUACCUCAUUUAAGAAAACACAGAAUAUCAUAUAAACAUCAUGAUGUAUUUCUAUGUUUAUUUUGCAUUAUGUGAUUUUUCUUUAAAGUCACCAUGCAGCUUCAGUGUGCAGCUAUAUACAGUCAUACCUUGGUUUUCGGACAGCUUAGUUCUCAAAUGUUUUGGCUCCCGAACGCUGCAAACCCGGAAGUGACUGUUCCAGUUUGCAAACUAAUUUUGGAAGUCAAACGUCUGACGGGGCUUCUGCGGCUUCCGAUUGGCUGCAAGAGCUUCCGGACAUUUUGGAAGUCGAACAGACUUCUGGAACGGAUUCUGUUCGACUUCCAAGGUACAACUGUAUAUACUUUUGAAUCCACGGUGAACACUGAAAUGUCCAAGAGUAGUAAAUAGCAAAGCUGUGAAUGCUGUUAUCAUAAGCUGGUCAGAAUGUUGCUUCUUGAUUAGAAUAUUCCUCACAUAGGGCUCUAAACUAGGAACUGCAAGUUUGCUGGAUCUUCAUUUUUCAUACAUUUAAAGAUGAAAAAGAUUUCGGAGCCAAGUCCUUGCAUGCAAAAAUGCAUCCCUAAUUACCCCCAAGCUUUCUUCACUUCAGCUGGGUUGCUGGGCGGGAGUCAUUUUGUUGCUGCUAUUGAUAAAUAGUUGGGAGUCAGAAAUCCUUACCUGGGUAAAUUACCCAAAGAUCUGGUACACCUGGAUCUACUUUCUCCCCUCUGCCCAUGUCUUAAAUGACAACUCAUGUAUAUUUACCUCUUUCUAUCUAUGGUGUUCUGUGUGAGCUUUGUCUGAAUGUUAAAUGCAGACAAACUGCUCAUCCACGAUGCAUCAGUGAUAUGUUUUUGAUCCUAUAGCCCUAUGAGCAGAUACAGACGGGAGGCUGAGCUCCGAAACAAGAACAAGCAGUUGGAGUCUGCUAAAUGGGAAGUGAGCUCAAAGCUGAUGGAAGCAGAGGUAGGAAACAAACUUGAUUCUGAUUAUCCUAAAAUGAUCUCAACUGUGCACUGGGUUCCCCCCAGAUUUCCAACACCCUUCUAAGAAGAUUAAGUAAAUUCAUGGCGAAUAAGGCCAUUGAUGGCUACCAGCCAUGGUGGCUGUAUGCUACCUCCCAAGAUCAGAGGCAUGUUGCCUCUGAAUACUAGUAGCUGGAGAAGAACAGUGGGAGAGGGCUGAUGCACUCAUGCCAUCUUUGUGGGCUUCCUAUAGGAAUCUGGAUGAGCACUGUGGGAAACGGGAUGCUGUACUAGGCAGCCCUUUUAGUCUGAUCCAGCAGACCAAAUCCAGGACAAGAUGCUAAGGUAUCUUGUCCUGGCAUUGGCUCAUUGGACUGUACUUGCCCAAUGGGCCACACUGUGUGUGUGAAGUUAUUUAAAAAUACAGUGGUACCUCGGGUUACAGACACUUCAGGUUACAGGCUCUGCUAACCCAGAAAUAGUACCUUGGGUUAAGAACUUUGCUUCAGGAUGAGAACAGAAAUCGCGCAGCAGCGACGUGGCAGCAGCAGGAGGCCCCAUUAGCUAAAGUGUUGUCUCAGGUUAAGAACAGUUUCAGCUUAAGAACAGACCUCCGGAACGAAUUAAGUACUUAACCCAAGGUACCACUGUAUGUUACCAGAUUUAAACAGGUUUUGAAAAGGCCAUCCAAGAAAUUGGCUUGUAGAAAUAUUGUUAAUGCCUGCUCAUGCUAGCGGUCUGUGCGGGGUGGAGGGCAGGCUUGCUUCCCUCUGGUUUGUAGUUUUUCAUCCCUCCUGCGCCAGGCAAGCAAACCUUAAAUGCUUGAAGGCCUAAUAAAAACUGGUGCUCUGCUGUUUGGUUUAGUUAUCUGUACUUGCAGAAAGAUCUGAAGAAUACGAAGGAGCAGUGUGAUAGUCUGGAAAAAGAAAACCAGAAGCUGAAGAAAUUUCAGGAGAGCUGCAUGUUGAUCUUGGCAGCUAGGAAUUGUGAUCCAGGUAUAAAAUACAGUUGCUUCUCUGCUCUCUCCCCUGUACGUAUACAUCUGCAGUAUACUAUCACUUUCUCCCAAAUGUCUUAAUGGAAUUGAAAUUCCUUGGAUAAAGUUCCCUGUGAUUCUUUCUUUCUUUCUUUCUUUCUUUCUUUCUUCCUUUCUUCCUUCCUUCACACUGGAUGCAAGGAGGUUGCAGGGCCUUUUGGGACCUCCUGUGAUCAGGGCACAUACACAGGAACACCUGUACACUUCUAGGUGCUUCUUUUUGGUUAUCCCACUGAGUGUAUGGGAGUGCUGGAAGCAGGGUCAGGGGAAUGUGCUGAUAUUGGGACCCCAGUGCCCCACAUUUGCCUGCAUGGAAUGCAUGUGUUUCACUGCUGAACUUAUAGUCCCUUCCCAUGCGAUCACACUGUGAUCUGCAGAAUCUUUUAAAUUUUAAUUUGGUGUUUUAGAUGGGGGGGGGUUUAUUGGUUUGUGUGGGGCAGUGUUCUUGUUUUUAUUAUGUAUCUUGUUUUUAUCUUUAUUUUUAUGUCGUGAACUGCCCUGAGAUCUAUGAAUGAAUGGCAGUGUAUAAAUUUAAUAAUAAAUUUUGAGUUGCUUAUUAAGGAUAGUCCCAGAACUAUGGGAAUGGAGGCCAUGCUUCUGGUAAAUUAAUGGCAUAUGUAUGGUUCUGACUUGUAAAUGUUUUUUCCAAUUAGCUACAGGUGACAAAAUUUUGGAAGAGGAUGAGGAGAACAAGAAGACACAAGCUGAAAUAAUGGUGAGAGAAUGAACCUGUUUCCUCUUCCCUAGGAAACUGCUUGCCUGACUCUUCCCCGCCACCUGCAAAGUUUCUUCUAUGUAUUUUGCCAAGUUCCAGCUGUCAUGGGUCCUAAAUAACUACUGAGAUACCUUCUGAAUAUCUCCAGGACAGGAUUUGACAGAACUGCUGUCCCUGAUGCAUGGCAGUCAGUGUGAUGACCUCUGCAUGUUGCUAGGCGACUGUCGUCAUUCCUGACCAUUGGACAUGCUAGCUAGACCUCACUUUGUCAACCCCUUCUUGUGCCUUUUCUUUCAGGACUUGAUGGAGAAGCUGACUACUGACCUUGAACUAUUCACCAAGAUGGCAAAAGAGCAAAAAGAGAAUCUUCAGGUAAAAUACGAAUUGUCUUCCUUCUCCAUUACUGCCAACAUACAGAGCAUUUAAGCCUGACCACCACCACUGCUAGGUCUCUAGACACAGAGCCAACACCACACAAAUUCCUUUCUUCUAAAUGUUUUUUCUUCUCUGCUCACCUGACGCUAACCACACCUCCAUAUAUGUAUGCAAACUUCUUACUUCUGUUUGGCAAGAGGGGAAAGGCCUCAACUGACAGCAACUUCGCACUGCAAGCAAGCCACUUUGCAGAGUGAUCUUGUACCUGCUAACUGAAAACAAGUCGUGUAAACCUUGAAGGCUAGCAAAUUUAUUAUGGCAUAAGCUUCAUGGACUUCAGUACUUAAUGUUUUUGCUGCCUUUCUGAAAACUGAAAAUACAAGUUGUGUGUAGAAUACAUUAACUAUUAAUUUUCUUUCCUCGUAGAAGACACACGACAAAUGGAAGCAGGUGGAGGAGGAACAGGCCCAUUUCUUAGAGCAGGAGCAGUGUUUUCAUAGAGAAAUGGAAGAUUUGUUUGCCAUUUUGGAUCAGGCAGAGGAACUCAAUUCAUCAUAACAAGAACUGAGCCAUGUAAUCUUGUGCUGAUCUGCUUCCUUAUUGGACUCCAAUAUAUAGAGCAGGGGUAUCCCUUGGAACUUUAUAGUUUUAAUAAUAUUUAAUAAUAAUAAGUUUGAAACCUUUUGGGUUUUUUCCUUUUUCUCUGUUUUGCUUUUUGUAAAUAACUUUUUGGGGGUAAUUAAUUGAUCAAAAUAAAAGCAAUUUAGAAUGAGA